GGGACUGGCUCCGGGACCGGAAGCAGCCUUCUACCUUACCCCAUUUUGCCCGUGGUAGCGUUUCCGGUAGCGGCGGCGGGAAGCGAGCUAGUGGCGGGCUUCUAGGCCUCUGCGGAGGCGAAUCCGGCGGGAAUCGGAGCCAUCAGAACCGCCACCAUGACCGUGGGCAAGAGCAGCAAGAUGCUGCAGCACAUCGACUACAGGAUGAGGUGCAUCCUGCAAGAUGGCCGUAUCUUCAUUGGCACCUUUAAAGCUUUUGACAAGCAUAUGAAUUUGAUCCUCUGUGACUGUGAUGAGUUCAGGAAGAUCAAACCAAAGAACUCAAAACAAGCGGAGAGAGAAGAGAAGCGAGUCCUUGGUCUGGUGCUACUUCGAGGGGAGAACCUGGUCUCAAUGACAGUAGAGGGACCACCUCCCAAAGAUACUGGCAUUGCACGAGUGCCACUUGCUGGAGCUGCUGGGGGCCCAGGGAUUGGCAGAGCUGCUGGCAGAGGAAUCCCAGCUGGUGUUCCCAUGCCCCAGGCUCCUGCAGGACUUGCUGGGCCGGUCCGUGGGGUUGGUGGGCCAUCCCAACAGGUGAUGACUCCACAAGGAAGAGGCACUGUUGCAGCAGCUGCAGCUGCUGCCACAGCCAGUAUUGCAGGGGCCCCAACCCAGUACCCACCCGGCCGUGCGGGUCCUCCCCCACCUAUGGGCCGAGGGGCACCCCCUCCAGGCAUGAUGGGCCCACCUCCUGGUAUGAGGCCUCCCAUGGGUCCCCCAAUGGGGAUUCCCCCUGGACGAGGCACUCCAAUGGGCAUGCCCCCACCAGGCAUGCGGCCCCCUCCCCCAGGGAUGCGAGGCCUUCUUUGACCUUGGCCACAGAGUUAUGGAAGUAGCUCCACAGAGGCGUGGGCCCGAUUCCCCAGGGCCACGUUACCACACCUGUUUGUUUGUUAAGCCGUUGUUCGCGGAGUCUCACCGGAUUGUCUGGUUUCCCUUACAGGGCCCCCUCCCCCGGGAAUGCGCCCACCAAGGCCCUAGACUCAUCUUGGCCCUCCUCAGCUCCCUGCCUGUUUCCCGUAAGGCUGUACAUAGUCCUUUUACUUCCUUGUGGCCUGUGACACUAGUUUAUAAUAAACUCUUAAGAGAAUAUUAUAAAUGCACCUGGUAUGUUUGUUUAUUUUCAGAAAAACCUUUGAUAUGCUGGGUGCUUAAUACGAGUCAAGAAGCGUUGCCUUGAAAAAAUUUAGCCCUAAUCCGUAGCUGCUUCCCUUGUAAAAUACUAUAUUCGUUUGCAGAGAUGCACAGCCUCAUCCAAGAGAAUUACAAAAUUGAACUACUAGAAGACAUUUCACCUGUCAAACUGGCAAAGAUCAUUUUGUUGAAAUAAACAUUCGUACCCUAUUGU